AUGAAACAGAAGGAAACCGCCAGCGACAUUAACGGUGCCAGAAGCUUACAGGGAAGCGCAGGAACAGUUGCAUCCCCCAGACCUCCCACCGUGUACAAAACGUAUGGCGGUAGUUCCCAUUUGCCACUAAUAGGAAGGUUGCAACGGGCUGUGCGCCGUCCAGGUUCCCGCUCUAGAUUAACGCUAACUACUUCGGGUAGUUCUGAAGAGCUAACGAACUUAAAACAGCUUUUGCAGACUCAAAAGGACCGGCUGUCACGACGCUGUCAAAUGAUAGACGACAGUUUGGAGGAUUGCAGUGCUAACAGGGAAAAUGGAACGGCAGGAAUAGUGGAAGGGGGGGAGGAGGGAGGUAAAGAGGGAGUCACCUGCCCAGCGAUCAGACGGCUAGCAGAACGGAUGCUCGGCCACGUUAACCCCGAAACUAAUGACUUGGAGGAGUAUGAAGAUGAAGAAGAAGAGGAGGACAGCGAAGUGCGUGCAUUGGAAGACGAUCUGUGCAGACGCGAGGCGAGGUUAAAUAUCAUAAAAGACAAGAUGAAGCGCUUAUGGGUGGAGAAGCAAAUAUCGCCGGCAGCUGCCGUUCCGCCUCCAGAGCCCACUGUGCUUGCUGCCACUACCGAUCAGGAGGUGAUCGAUGUGGCGGAAAUGAUGUACAAAUUCGCCAGUGGGACCAGUAGGGACAAUGAGAAUGGUAAGGAAAAGAUGGAGGGCUCCUCCAGCAUUAUUGUGGGUGACCAACAAGUAUUUGACGAUGGGAUAUCAGAUGCCACAGCAAUCUCCAUUACAGAUUCCCCUGCGACUGUUCGUCCUUCAGGCGCCAUCAAAAGUGAGGAACGGGCAUGCCUCGUACCUUUGCGUUCAAGCAGUCUCGGUCGACUGACAAGUGGUGCGAGGGUUUUUAUGGAUUUGCUUCCAAACAUGCGGGAUAUUAUAGUGCUCUCUCCUGGUGAGGUCGGUGUAGCCCGCAGGGGAGAUAUACUUUCAGAAAACCACAUUCUCAAGGUCGAUUCCCAGGAGGCGCUGCGCUCACGCAAGGGGGCAAUGGGUAUCAUCUCCGGUGCACCGUACUUCCGCAUGGUCCCCAAACUUAAUGUGGCAGGAGUAGGGCAACCGCGCGCCAGUGCCGUUCGAACGAUCGUGAACGAGUUGCGGCGUGUAAUGGAUGGAUUGGUGGUAUGGGUAAACCUUCGUGAGGAGCCACUCGUUUACAUCAACAAUGAGGCUCAUAUUGUGCGGCAACGGAGUGACCCCACAACCCCUAUUAUUAUUCCACAUGUCACAGGAAAAAGUAUUGCCCUGAUAGAUGAUAAACUGAAAAAAGAGGUAAUCAGGGAGGCAAGCGAAAACAGUGGAAACGUCAGCGUGCACAUGGAAGGAAAAGAUGGCCACAUGGAGGACCAAUGGGAGAGCGUUGAAAAGGAUCAGGUCUUCACCUUAGAGGAAGUAUUCCGCCCACUGAGAACGAACAUCGUAUACCACCGGCUGCCCAUAACACAAAAUGUUGGGCCACAGCCAGGAGACUUCGAUUUCGUCUUCGACUUGUGUUCAGAUGACCCGAGAAAAAUGAUCAUAUUCAACUGUCAGACGGGACGUGGGAAGACCAGUGCCAUGAUGACCAUUGCCAGUAUCGUACGUUUUUACCAGCUGUUUGCUCACGAUGCGGUGCUAGACGCUAGUUUGCUUCGCACUGAAGGUCGCUGUUUCAGUUUCCGAACCAUCAAAACGAUCGUAUCACUUAUUCCAAAUGGCAAACUCCAUGAGCGACGGCUCCUCGUUCUUCUUGAUCUUUCGGACAAGGUUUACUCCAUCGCUGAUCAUAUCAACAACGCCUUCACUUCCGGUACCACACCCGCCGAAGAGGCUAUUAUGCAUCUUAAGCAGUACGCCUACUUCCUUGUGUUUUCAUAUUACUGCGAGCAACGCAUAUGGAGUUUCAGUACCAAACAACCGUUCAGUCAGUGGUUGCUUGGUAAUAAUGAGAUCAAACUGCUCCUGGAAAGGAUAGAAACAAUGGAGGAGGAAUUCAAAGAGGAACGUAUCGCCGCACCGGUAAGCGAGGCUGGUGACUUUGACACGGAUCCAGUACGGAAGCGGCGAGGUACUGUGCUCAGCGCCAACCGCAUCUUAUGCAGUUUUCCUUUUUUUGCCAGUGGAAAAGAGGAAACGAUCGGAUCGCUCCGUCAACUGGCACCUGGUGUACCUAUAUUUACAUGUGGUCGCUUGACGGAGGAGGGACGGCAGUGCGUAGUGAAGGAUAUGCGCCAUUACUUUCCAGGAAAGAUUAUGUGGCUUAGUCUUCGUGCGGAGCCGAUGGUGUUCAUCAAUGAAAUGGGUUAUACGCUGGUGGAUUACGACGUGACCACAUAUGGGAAGGGUGGUGAAGGGAUAACCAUGCACACAUCGCUUCACGCCAUUGAGCAGAUGGAAGAACGCCUUCGCCGCGAUGUCCUUUUGGAGGCCCAGGAACAUAAGGGUUACAUUUUGUUGCAUAAUUUUGAUGAAACAGGAAAGCGAAAGGCGAUGCAAAUCAAAGCGUGCUCUGUUCGGACCCCCAGAUCGAUCAUGACCGACUUCGCCGCUACGUACGAUGUGAGUUAUUUUCGCAUUCCCAUCCCACUUUCUGGUGAAAUGUUACCAAGUGACGUUGAUCCGCUUCUGGAGCACUUGAGUAAGAACACGAAGGACACCACAGUUUUUAUAAUCAACGAUACGCAGGGUUCGGUGCGUACAACUGUAGCCCUUAACAUACUGACGAUGUAUCGUGUCUCCCGCACUUGUAACCUCCGCUCGAUGAGCAACCCAGCAAGGAUUGCUGCGGCCCUGCGCACAGGUAACAGUGAUGUUGUGCUACCGCAGGUGGACAUAAUUGCUUACCAGGGUAGAGUCACUGAUAGUGCAACCAGGAAUUAUAAAGAAUUGCAGGUGGCAUCAACCAUCUGUCAAAUGCUGAGGGCCGGGUCUCUACUUUGUGUAACAGAUGCACUCAUUGAUGUUGGUGGAUGCGGCAAACGGUGGAACAUCGUUCACACGAUUCACCACUACGCGAACGCUAUUACUGCUGGUACCAUUGAGAGGACAAAAGGCAUUCGUGAGGCUGUAGCAAUGGUGCGCGUGUAUCUAUUUGUACUUCUCAGUACAAUAUACAUUGAUGCACAAGGGGAUUAUGACGCCAGAGAACCAUUCAAUUUAUGGCUGGAGCGGCGUGUUGAGGUAGCAAAUAUCCUUAGUGGUCUGGAGCAACGUGCAGAAAAGGCCUUCAAGUACAUCACGCCAAGUAGUGUGGGAAUACCAAGUGUCGUACAUCGCCGCGGUGACGUGCUUACUGCGAACUACGCUUUGAAGGCGGACCACUUUCCGGGAUGCCAAAAGAAAGGAAUCCGCCCGGAGGUGUGCGGUGCGCCUAACUUCCGCAAAGUGAGGGAUGUCAAUGUGUACGGUGUUGCAAUUCCUACAAUCUUGGGUAUUCGCAACAUCCUCUCCCUUCUUGGUGCCAGUUUUGAGUCCCUUGAAACAUAUGAAGGAGAACAAAAUGAUAUGGAUCUUCAUUUGGGAUUUGCCGCGCCCCGGCUAUUUGAUCCGCGCUUCCAAACAGAAACUUUAUCCAAGCCUCUUCGAGGACAUGUUGUUUGGGUCAAUCUCCGUGAGGAACCGAUUCUGUACGUUGGUGAUAAGCCAUUCGUCCUCCGCAAUCUCGAAACGCCGUACGUAAAUGUGGAGCUUACGGGUAUUGCCGCUGAUGAGGUGGAGCGUGUUGAGCGACAAUUACGGCAGGAUGUGCUGAAGGAAGCGGAAGAAAACGAGGGAUUGUUCCUUAUCCACGAUGAAGAAACACCAGGUGAACUAGUUGGCGUAUGCAAGCCGGUCACAACAGAAAUGGUCAAAACGUUACGGGAUGUUUAUGACGAUUUUGUCUCGAACGGUUGCCGUGUUACGUUGUUACGCCUGCCAGUGACUGACGAACAAAGUCCUACGGAAGGGAACUUUGAUGCCCUCGUCGAGGCGCUUCUGCCGCACAUUACGGCACACAUGGACCGUCGCGAGACGUUGUCAUUUGUGUUUAACUGCCAGAUGGGGCGGGGCCGAACCACAACCGGAAUGGUGGUUUGUUGUUUACUCAUUGGUUUGGUAAUGCCCGAGUACUACAAGGAGUUAGACAGCAUUUAUGACCCUCUUUACAAGGAGGAAGAUUCCAAACUGGCAUGUGGUGAGUACAGAUGUAUCAGCGACCUGAAGCGGACACUCACAGGCGGUCGCGAGGCAAAACACCGUGUUGAUUUAGUAAUUGAAGCGUGUUCAACGAUGCAGAACCUUCGUACUGCCAUUGAAUUCUUUGCUCUUCAGGUGCAGUCACCUGAUGUAACGGAGGAGCAGCGCGGUCGGGCUCACCACCACGGUGUGCAUUACCUGCGACGCUAUUUCAAUCUUAUUGCCUUCGCUGCAUAUUUAGAGGAGGAGUACGACGCUAUGAAAAAGCGAGUGCGGUGCUCCUUUUCUCGCUGGCUGGCUCAGCGCCGUGACGUCACCACACUGUGUGACUCUGCCGCAUUAAAAUAA